CCGCAUGAAGAUACACACGCAUACACUCGGUCUUGCGUAUAUAAAUACGGGACGUAUCCACUAUCAUCCUCACAAACUCAUUGCACACUGAUCAGCGAGUAUCACAGAAUACAAACGAACAGAAACUCGUCAAAAUGCAGGUCACUUUGGUCGUAUCAUCAUUGCUGUUAGCCGCCGUUGCGGUCAGCGCCUACCCCGCAGUACUGAAUCCAGAAUCCAGAGCCGCCAUCUUGAGCCAAGAUUCGGGAAACAACCCCGAUGGUACCUCCAAGAACAAUUUCCAAACCGAAAACGGAAUCAAACAAGAACAAGUCAGCUACUUGAAACCAGGACCUGAAGGACCCGUAGUGGCUUUCCAAGGAGCAGUGGCAUAUGUUGCCCCAGACGGCCAGACCAUCCAAACCGGAUACAUCGCCGAUGAAAAUGGUUACCAGCCAUACGGAUCUCACCUUCCCACACCACCACCAAUCCCAGCUGAAAUCCAAGAAUCGCUCAGACUUCUCGCCACUCUGCCCAGCACUCCCGAACCCAUUUACCAAUAGGGUACUGAAUUUGUAGCCUACUUCAGCCAUUAUCCGCAACACAUUUAAAGUGAUUUCCAAGCUCCAACUAUAGCUUUGUUAAUAUUAUUCUUGUACCGCUCUCCUGUCCAUAAUAUGUUACCAUGAUCUCGUCAUUGCGAUUUGUUGUCGAUGGCGAUAAGGUUACAUUUUAUAAUUACUAUUUCUAUUAUUGCUACUUUAUCUCCAUAUUUAUGAUUAUAUAUUAUAAUCAUCAUAAACGUACAAGUGUGUUAUAUAUAUAUAUAUAAUGUAUAAUAUAAUAUUAAUUGUAUUAUAUAAAAAAUAUAUAAAUAUUGUAUUUUAAAAAAAUGCCUUUUUAUUUCGUCAUUUUUUCACCUGAGU